AACCUUAAAGAAUUUGCUUGGUUCAAGUAGAAUCUGCAUUGGUAGUUGGUUGUGAAAAUUAAAUAGCUUUAUAUCAUUAAUUUCUAAUGGACGGUGUAAAUUUGUUCACACAAUUUUUGGCCCAACAUAAGCCACAAUUGGAAUCAUCAGGAGUGCCACAACAUUUUUGGAAAUCUUUGCAUCGGAAGUUGGUAAAAGAGAUUUUUGACGCUGGUAUUUCGCUUCAAUUGCUACUAAUUGAUUAUGAGGAUGAUGAGGAAAGUGAGAAUGGUACUGCAAGUAACGACAACAAAAAUUCAACACUAUCUGUCGCUGAAGAACCUCACCCAAUAUUUGCUUUAUCUGUGGCACGUGAUGGUGGUAUCAGAGCUGAUGAUCCUGACGCCAUAUAUCUCAUUGAUCACGCAUGGACAUUUCGCAUGAAUAUCGCAAGACAGCUGCUGCACCACCAUGAACAACUUACUGAUCGCAUGUGUGCCAUUAUGGGGAUUGAUGUAGAGGAUGAAGACCGUGUUGAUAAAGUUUUGCGCCAAAUGUGGCGUUAUUGCCACGCAUAUACAAUUGCAAGUGAUGGACUCUCGGAUGAAGAACGGCAACCCAUUUGGUAUGUGAUGGAUGAGGUGGGCUCAGCUGUAAACCAUUCGGAUAAUCCCAAUUUUCGUUUGGUUCCCUUUCUAUACCUUAAUACGCAAACAACUUAUAGCCUCUUGUUUCCGAUACGUGAUUGUGCUUACGAGGAACACGUGACCCGUGAUUUUGUCGAGUAUGUAAACAAGGAUGCUGCAGAACGCGAUGCGUUACUGUUACCCUGGCGAGCUAUAGAUCUUCGUAAGCAUGGUUUUGAGCAGUUCGAACCGGAUGCAGAGUACUUUUCCGCGGGCCACAUACCAGAAUCUUUUCCGGAAGGUGUAAUUGCUGAAUUGACGCCCCAUGUCAAUCGCAAUCAGCCCUUGAAAAUUUACAGUGAAUAUGACGUGCUAAGCAUACAUCUAACAGAUCCAUGUUUUCAAUUGGUAGAGAAUCAGUCUGAGGCUGACGUGCUGUGGCUAACUCAUCAUUACAAGAAUUUUGCUGAAUUGGCCCGUGAUACACCAAAUAAGUUUGUUAAUCAAUUUCCGUACGAGUACGUUUUGACUAUAAAAGACUUGUUAGGUAUUACGGGAAGACGUGCAGCCAAAGAACACCACAACCCUCAAACUCUAGAGACUUAUCCAAGCUGGCUCCCAACAACGUUUAAUUUAAAGACGGAGUUGCUAGCAUUUGCGUCAUAUUAUCAACAUCGUGUUGCCCUUGGUCUGGAUAAUCAUUGGAUUGUGAAACCAUGGAAUCUAGCGCGUGGUAUGGAUACACAUAUCUCAAGUGAAAUUGUGCACAUUGUACGCCUGCCAAUAACCGGCCCAAAAAUCGCUCAAAAGUAUAUUGAGCGACCUGUGUUAUUUAAACGUGACGAGCUGGACGCAAAAGUAAAAUUCGAUAUUCGUUACGUGAUACUGGUAAAGAGUUUUCAACCUCUCGAGGCUUAUGUACAUCGAAAAUUCUUUCUACGAUUUGCAAAUAAGUCCUUUUCUCUUAACCAUUUUGAUGACUACGAACAACACUUUACGGUAAUGAACUAUCAAGAAGAGGCCCAAUUGCGACAUAUAAAAUGUGAAGAUUUCUUGAGUUACUGGAAGGAGCAAUAUCCAACGCAUGACUGGCGGUUAAUCGAAAAGAAUAUUUGUACGAUGUUACACGAGUUGCUAACUUGCUCAACGAAACAUCCACCGCCAUGUGGGAUACCGCCUUGUCAGCAGUCACGUGCAUUAUAUGCCGCAGACAUAAUGCUAGCAUGGGAUGGACCCGAUGAGGAGACGUCAAAGGCGCGUAUGCAGCCAAAAUUGCUGGAGAUUAACUGGAUGCCUGAUUGUCAAAGGGCAUGCGAUUAUUACCCAGAUUUCUUUAACGAUAUUUUUAAAUUGCUUUUCCUAAACGAGGACAAUAAUGAAAGUUUUCUGCGUUUGGAAGCGUAUAUUUAGAAAAUAUUGUUGCGCUAUAUUUUUGCAAGUAGGUAAUAAAAUCAUAGUAAUUAAAUAAAGCAUUUAAAGGUUUAUAUACCUACAUUUUUAAAUAAAAAGUACCAAUGUAACUCAAAUUUUUAAUAAA